AUGGGGUCAGAAGACCCAUUGACCCGUGCUUUCGCUCAUGUCUUGCCAACAAACAAGGCUAAAAGCCCAGUACUCCAGCGCGACUACCAGGUGCUCAUCUGCGACGGCAUCGUUGGCCUCGCCAGCGCCGACGGCGCGCAAAAGCCAGGAGGGCUCGGGAGCUCCUCCCUGGAUGCGAGGCGCACCUUCUGUCACCCAAGUCGGUACUUGACGGGGAAGCCGCUCGAGAAGAAGUCGAUCUCGGGGCGCAACUACUGCGGGGCCGGCCUCCAGGGGGGAGGUUUGAAGCGCAAGCUUCUGCUCCAACCGGAGUUGCGCGAGGCGCUCGCGCGCCUGUCCCAACAUCGGCCCAGGGACGAGAAGCUUGGGAAGAGGCUGUCAAGGGCGGAUUUUGGGGGGCUCCUUGACUGUCUGAGCCAUGAUGACCCAAGGGUCGUCAAGCGCUUUGGGCCCGAGGAAGCCGAGGGGCCGCUCUCCAAAGAUGGCAGGAGGCGCCUCCUUGUAGAGCAGCAAACGAUGGUGCUGGAUUGCAAUCGGGCUGUGUUCGAGUUGCUCACGGGGAUUCAGGCCGACUUCGAGAGGCGAGGGUUGAGCCUAGACCUGUGGGACCACUGGGUUGGCGAGUGGACGGAGCUCCUGUACUCCCUCGGCGCGCACGACAGCGAUGAGGCUCUCAUCGGACCUGGCGCAUUGCACGUGGUCCGGAAGCUGCUGCUGGGAGGCGAAGCAACUCUCGAGGACCGGCGGGACUUGGCAAGAGAGGCGCCCAUCUUGCGGCGUAUCCUGGAUUCGUACGGAGGGCUCACAUUUCCGGCCUUCUUCACGUGCACGCUCUACCACCUCUACCUCAUCGCGCUCCUGGCUCGGGGUCCAACGGGUUUUGAGGCCGGGGGGCGGCGGGGCUGGGUGCACGAGGCGAUCGACCCGUUCGAGCGAGCGGUCGACCUUUUCGCGGAGGCUCGACGGCGUCCCCUGAGCAUCGAGGAGCGGCGGCACUUGGACGAGGCGCGAGGGCUGGCAAACGAGCUGCUCCCAGGGGUCGAAAGGUUGGAGGCAAGCCCCCAACAGUGGGAGAGAAUGAGCGGUCAUGAGCGCUCGCUUCUAAAAGAGAGGCUGGGGCGCGACGAGCAGGGGGACGAGUUGCACCCGUUGCCGGCGGGGCACGCUUUUCGAGCCGAGCAGGACGCCUUGGCGUGCUACCCGUUUCCCGGAUGGGAGCAGAAGCGGGGGUUGCCGUGGUACAUGUGA